CGGCCAAACCUGAGGUGGAGAUCGCACGCGGGGCACCCCAUCUCUCGUACCGCCGUUUGUUCCGCUCUCGCUCGCCACCACCACCACCACCCACAUCCCAAUCUCUCGGCCACGAGCAGCAGCAGCAGCGCCCGGCUCCUUGGCGGCGGCGGGCGGCGGACCGCGCGGCUCCCCAAUGGCCUCCAGGAUGGCGCUCCGCCUCAACGACGUCACGCUCUGCCUCUCCCCGCCCAUCGCCACCCGCCGCUGCCGCCGCCGCGCCGGCAGCGUCAGGGUCUUCGCCGUCGCCUCCACGCCAUCCACCGUCUCCACCAAGGUUGAGGAUAAGAAGCCAUUUGCUCCUCCAAGGGAGGUACAUGUCCAGGUUACACAUUCAAUGCCACCUCAGAAGAUUGAAAUAUUCAAGUCUCUUGAUGACUGGGCUAGAGAUAACCUCUUGACGCAUCUUAAGCCAGUCGAGAAGUGUUGGCAGCCACAGGAUUUCCUCCCUGACCCAGCAUCUGAAGGAUUUCAUGAUGAAGUUAAGGAGCUCAGAGAACGUGCCAAGGAAAUCCCUGAUGAUUACUUAGUUUGUUUGGUCGGAGACAUGAUUACUGAGGAGGCUCUUCCAACAUACCAGACUAUGCUUAACACACUCGAUGGUGUCAGGGAUGAGACAGGUGCAAGCCCCACUGCCUGGGCAGUUUGGACAAGAGCAUGGACUGCUGAGGAGAACCGGCAUGGUGACCUCCUAAACAAAUAUCUGUACCUCACUGGGAGGGUGGAUAUGAGGCAAAUUGAGAAGACAAUUCAGUAUCUUAUUGGCUCUGGAAUGGAUCCAAGGACUGAGAACAACCCUUACCUUGGCUUCAUCUACACCUCCUUCCAAGAGCGUGCGACCUUCAUCUCACACGGGAACACUGCUCGCCACGCCAAGGACUAUGGUGACCUGAAGCUCGCACAGAUCUGUGGCAUCAUUGCUUCAGAUGAGAAGCGGCAUGAAACUGCAUACACCAAGAUUGUUGAGAAGCUGUUUGAGAUCGACCCUGACGGCACCGUCGUUGCUUUGGCUGACAUGAUGAAGAAGAAGAUUUCCAUGCCUGCUCACCUGAUGUUUGACGGCCAGGACGAGAAGCUGUUUGAUCACUUCUCCAUGGUCGCGCAGAGGCUUGGCGUGUACACCGCCAGGGACUACGCCGACAUCCUUGAGUUCCUUGUCAACAGGUGGAAGGUGGCAGACCUGACUGGUCUGUCUGGUGAGGGGAACAAGGCCCAGGACUACCUUUGCACCCUUGCCUCAAGGAUCAGGAAGUUGGACGAGAGGGCCCAGAGCAGAGCCAAGAAAGCUGGCACAAUGCCUUUCAGCUGGGUAUAUGGCAGGGAAGUCCAACUGUAAGCGGGGAACACCAUUGCGACUGGAUGAGUUCCAGUGUAUGCAUCCUGAGACGCAAGCGAAGAUAUCCUCUGGUUUGCCGCGCAGCAUAGUUCUUGAGGUUGACCAAAUGGUCUGGGAGCAUCUGCUGGUUUGUGACGUCUCGUAGAGGGUAGGAGAACGUUGGUCUGUGUUCUAGCUUUGUUUUCUGCUUUAAUGUACAACCUAUGGCCGCAUGAACUGGACAUGGACAUGGAGCAAACAUGCUGUUGUCGGGGUGUGUUUCAAUAUGUUAUUUCUUGUUCAGAUCUGUUGAAAUUUUGUGAGCUAUGAAGUUAUGUUGCUUCUCA